GCAAGAAUCGCCCUGAUUCUAGGUAGGACGGUCUGCCACGAAGUAACGGUAGAUCAAUACUUAAUGCUAGUACGGUCUAUGUUCGAUUUGGAGCAAAAUGGAUGAGGGUAUAGCUGAUUAUUACUUCACUGCGUCGAUGGACUCUGGGAAGACACUAUGCAGUUUGUUAAAAGCUAUACAAUUCCAAGAGACGGCAGUCUUCUGUGCUCUCCCGGAAGGCUUGAAGCUGACGGUAGAGGAAGGGAAGUGUGUGCAGGCGUCAGCUUAUGUGCCAUCCGAUAACUUCACAGAAUACCAUGUCAGAGAUGAUGUGGAUGUCAUGUUUAAGAUUAGCAUAGCAGUAUUAUCUGAGUGCCUAAACAUAUUUGGGUCGGGGGAAGAAUCUAGCCUCAAGAUGUACUAUCGUGGCGAAGGGUCUCCAUUAUUAUUAGUUCUGCAGCCGCAGUCAGUCCACAACGUGAUGACGGACUGCGAAAUCGCCACCCAAACGGCUGACUCGGUCCUAGAACUUCGGGAUUCAGACUCUGCAGAAGCUGCGAAGCUGGUACUGAAGGCUGCAGCAUUCUUGGGCCUGCUUGCUGAUCUGGAGCGGGCCUGUGACGUCAUAGAACUCAACCUGUCUCCGGAACACCCCAACGUUAGCAUUGUUACUUAUGGGAUGCAGGACAGGUCGUGCAUCGACAUGCCGAAGUCUUCCGACAUGGUACAGAGCUUCAGCUGCGAGGCGCCGGUCACGCUGCGCUACCAGCUUCCCCAUCUUCGGCUCAUCAUGAAGGCCCUGGCUAUAUCCACCAAGGUGGUGUUACGGUGCAGCGCGAACGGACUUUUGCUUCUUCAACUUAAAUUGGAAAAAGAAGAUCAGAGACAGAUGUUUUCAGAGUUCUACAUUGUGCCCCUACUUGACGAUUGACUUGAUGAUUACACAAUAACAGUCCUUGUGUCUAUAGACUUAAAGUAAAAAAACGUGUGUACAACUGAUAGGUGCAGAAGUUUUGUCUUAUUUUAUAAUAGACACAUACUGUUCAUACAAUUUCCUAAAGGAUGUUUGAAAAAUAUUUAUACCGAUGUAUUGUUAAGAUUAAUAUUGUGAUAAGUAAAAUGUUUUCUAUUUUGUAAAAGCAACAAACUUUUUUUAUUAAGGUCU